AUGUCUCCGCCACCUCCAGAUCCACAUCCUCACCAACCUGAACGACCAGCCGAAAGUCAGGGUGAUUAUCACAUCCACCCUUCUGCAGAGAUGAUAUUUCACGCGAUCUUGGAUUACAGAUCUUUGCGAAGCGGCCUCCGAAUCCCUCCAAGGGACCCUGUUCCAGGUACAGCGCCAUUGGCGCAGAACGAAGAAAACAUCUCCGGCGAUCCCCCAUACCAGGGCACGAGUAUUCGAAUGAUGCAGCCCAGAACUUUUCCCGAAGAUUCUUACAGUCUGUCGCCCAGGAGAGACGUAUCUCAAAAUGCUGCUCUGGCCGAAAGUCAAGCCAUUUCAACCGGCCCCACCCAGCACUGCUCACCAUUUCAAUUGGCUCGACAAUUUGCCGAGAGUGUCUCGUCAGACUUGACUGCUCAGGAGUGCGGCCUUCUUCUCACCUUCUUGACUGAGACUAGAAUGGUGAAUGAAAGUGACACAAAGGUGCUCCUCCAGUCACGUCUAGAUGAAUUCUAUCAAGCCGAGACAGCCCUUACUGGAGAACCACGAGACAGGCUAAGCACGCCCUCGGGCCCGGUGGACGCAGCACUCGGCAUUGUUCUACAUUGCCAAUCUAAGAGGGGACCAGUUGGGGAGUUCUGGGACCCAGAAAGUCCGACUAUCCAAGCUCUCCUUGCGAAAGGCCUCAACUCCGACUUUGUUUUCGGUUUCGAUUGGCACUGGCGCGCCGAAGAAACUGCACGACGCCCCGGAAGAUCAACUUGCCCUACUCGUGUCUGGGCGUCCGAGAAGCGCUUACUGCACGACAAGUUGUCCUCGGACAUCCUUAACAUCCUCGACUUACCCUGGUUAAUUGUGGGAGGGUCCUGCGCAAAGUCUAGUUACCAAAGGACCCUUUUACCUACAUCCAGAUUAACAACUUUGAGCUUGUCGUCUACAAUUAAUAUUGAGAUCGAGCUAGAGUUCGGAACUGAUCAUCUCCGGCGCAUUACGCUAUAUAUCCCUCAUCCGUCAUCGGGUUUCUUUCAUCCCUCAUAUGCCUCGACAUACGCAACUAUUCUCGAUGCGGGUAUUAGUUUUUUUCUAUGGAUACAGUGUAAGGACGAUAGAGUAGGGUUCUUCACAGCAACGAAAUCGGUGACCUUACGAGGUAUCCCUGGUGCUGCCCCACUUCAAGAGCUGUACCAGUAUCGACAGCGCGAGGAAGUUCUAGGUAGAGCCCUUACUGAGAACGAAUAUCAAGCCACAUUCUUGAUCUGGGCGGCCAACUACCUAUCUCAACGUCCCUCUACUAUUCUUGACUGCGGGGACUCCCUAGCUGAUGCCCUUAUCAGGAAGAUUGGGAGUGCGAUCAGGGCAAAACAUGAAUCAAACGGACAUAACUAUACUUCGGCUGGGAGGAAAGGCCCAGCUGCACGCUACGGAUACAGCUUCAAGCAGUAUUGGGAUGGAGAACGUGUGUCCGUUACCCAGAAAGGGACGUUCAAAAUCUUUUUGUCUGCGGACCAACCAAGCCUAGAACUACGGGGGGGAAGGCCACUCGUUCGUCUAAUAUCGAAGUCUCCAGAACAUGUGACCAUUCAUUUCUCGGCACAGCUAGUCACGCUCAAACAAGAUGGACAAGUCGUGUUCCAAAAGGCCUGUGACCGCAUCGAGGAUGCGGAUCAGCGGAAGAGGUGGACGGAACAGGUCAAGGUUGAGUGCAGUAGGAACGCCAUCUCGGCGUCGACCAAGCAGGCUAAUUCAUAACUCGACGACUAGCACAAAACGCGACGUGGAGAUUCAUGUU